UAUGUGUAACCCUAAUUUUUCUCUUUCACUUUCCAGAGAGCGUGAAAACGGCUGAAGGAAAACCAACACCUAUUUUGAGUAUUUUCUUCUUCUUCUUCGUGAAAACCCUCCACUGAUAUGUGGUGGAAUACUUUUGGACAUAGUGUGCCAAAUGUGCAAAAAUGGGCAAUUAAGAUACUUAGUCAAACUGCUUCAUCAUCGGGUUGUGAAAGGAAUUGGAGUGUCUUUGAAAGAAUACAUACAAAAAAGAGGAAUAGAUUGGAGCAUCAAAGGUUGAAUGAUCUUGUGUUUGUGCAUUACAACUUGCGUUUAAAAAAUAGAGCCUUCAACAAGAUGGGAGCCUAUGAUCCUAUAGACUAUGAGAGAAUAGACGACAUUGAAUUUUGGAUCAUGGACGAAGAUACAAAUUCUACCCCCAUUCUUGAUUCCAAUGAGAUAGAAAGUAUGCUUUACAAUGAGGAAUCAAUUCCCAUAAUUGGUAUUGACAAUGAGGAAGGUGAAUUGGCACCCACCAUUGGACUUCAAGAGGGGGGACUUAAUUUGGAUUCAUUUCCACAAGAAGAUGUGAAUAGUUAUAAUGGUGUUGAUGAUGAUGGUUUCCAUCAAUUUAAUGAUUGAUCAUUCGAUGCAUGAACUUUGAGUUUGAACAUGAAUAUGGGAGACUUGAAGAGGGGAGACUUAAUUUGAUAUUUUGAUGUUUGAAUUUAGAUUAUGAAUUUAUGUUUUAGUAUUUGGUAUGAAUUAUGUAUUUGGUAUAAGUAUUAUGAAUUUGGACUUUGUAUAAGUAUUAUUAAGUACUUGGUCUUGGUAUGAACAUCAUGCACUUUAAAACUAAAUUUUGUUAAUUUGUCAAUUUAUGUCUAAGUAUUUGUUAUUCUGUUACUGAUAAUUUGUUUAUUAGCUACCAGAUACGAAAAUUAUAUGAACGGUUCAUAUAAACGGUUCAAUAACGGUUUAA